AUGUUUGUCAUACUGGGUUCCCUGGUCGGUGUUUGCUGUUGUAAAUGUCUGAAACCUAACAUUGAGACACAAGGAACUGGACCCACAUCCACCCAGAGCCGCCUCCUGUCCACAGAUCAAUCUAGAGACCUCUCUAGGAAUUCAGGUUCCAGCUCAAGCUUAGCACCUCGGGCAUCUCUGGCCAUCCGCCCUCAAAACAUCAGUUCUCUGGGUGCUGAAAACCAUAACAUGUAUAUUAAUAUGCCUACAACCUUCUCCACAAUGGGGUUCGCUCAGGGUGCUCAAUUUAUGUGCCCACCAACAGCUGGCACUCCUUUCAUGAACUAUGGUGUGCCACCUGAACACAGUAUAAUGUUAACGCCUGCUACUUACAUUGAUGUUAGGAGCUGCUAUGGACAGUCUUUAAAUCCUUAUGGACACAAUUUAAAUACAUAUCCUCCAGUGACCCAACAGACUGAGUAUAUCAUGGCAAAUGAAUCACCCACAAAAUGUUGA